AUGCCGAGCAAAGUCCCCUUUCGUAUCGUUUACUGCUCGGGAGCUGAAGAUGGCCACUCGGCAGUGGAGCUCGAGACCCAGUCACCAGGCACACGUGGUUGGCAUUCAGCCAAGCUCUGCCAAUGGCCCCAGGUCAUCGUGCUCCAGUUCCCCGCCCCCACACGCGUGCGCAAAGUCCAGCUACUCUCGCACCAAUACCUCAUCGCAAGUCGGGUCGAGCUAUUUAUUGGCGUAGAAGAAGCAGGCAAGCCCUCCGUGUCAAACACAACCAGCCCAACUGCAGCCUUUGACCACUGCGUCUUUCGCAAGCUCGGCCACGUGUCCUUGUCUUCAAAUGUGAACAAUGAUUUUAAGAGUCGCGAGCUCAAAUCUGUUCAUGUGGAUGCGGUCGGCACUUUUUUGAAAUUGGCUCUUCACAAAAAUCAUGUCAAUCGCCACAACUUAUUCAAUCAGGUGGGACUAGUGGCGCUCAAUUUUAUUGGCGACUACACGGACCCGCUGCAAGCCGCCAACAUGAUAUCUGGGACCUCAACCCGUGAUGCCAGUCUUUCAACUCUGGCUGCUCAGAUGCAGCCUCCUACCCCACCAAGAAGUGCCGUGGCUCGCGACGCACAGGCGCGAGACUUUUUGACUGGCGGGCGCAUUGCAGACCCAGUGCGUGCCGUGAUCGCCCGCGAUAUGUAUCCCCUCAUGCCAUUUGACACAACUCAGUUUGUUCUGACCCUCUUGACCGACCCUGCCGCUGCUGUGCUGGGCGUCAUCAACCGACCAAACCAUGUGGACAAGGCUGACGACUUGGCCUACACCGCAAACAUGGCGAGUGCCUCGUGUUUUCCCGCACGGUUGUUGAGACAAGUGCAGUUGAGCCUGCGCCCCUGUGGCAGGGAAGCACGGGGGACCCUCUCAUGGCUGAGAGGAUUGCGCGACUCAAACGAGAAAAGGAGCAGUGCAUUGCACGGCCGCAUCAAGUCAGUGCUGGGCGGACUGAAUGAGUUAGGAUUGGAGUUGGGUAUUUUACAGCGCGACAAAAUAGCAGCCGUGCAACGCGAAGACUUUGAGCGGGCCGAACGCAUCAAGCGCCAAGUGGAUCAAUUGCAGGCUCAGGUGUGCAUUGAGUGCAACCACGCAUCGACGAAUGCAACAUCUGUCUGUCUGUCUGUCUGUCUGUUGUCUGUCUGUCUGUCUGUCUGUCUGUCUGUCUGUCUGUCUGUCUGUCUGUCUGUCUGUCUGUCUGUCUGUCUGUCUGUCUGUCUGUCUGUCUGUCUGUCUGUCUGUCUCUCUGUCUGUCUGUCUGUCUGUCUGUCUGUCUGUCUGUCUCUCUGUCUGUCUGUCUCUCUGUCUCUCUGUCUCUCUGUCUCUCUGUCUCUCUGUCUGUCUGUCUGUCUGUCUGUCUGUCUCUCUGUCUGCCUCUCUGUCUCUCUGUCUCUCUGUCUCUCUGUCUGUCUGUCUGUCUGUCUGUCUCUCUGUCUCUCUGUCUCUCUGUCUCUCUGUCUGUCUGUCUCUCUGUCUCUCUGUCUGUCUGUCUGUCUGUCUGUCUGUCUGUCUGUCUGUCUGUCUGUCUGUCUGUCUGUCUGUCUGUCUGUCUGUCUGUCUGUCUGUCUGUCUAUUGAUGAGAUGCUCUCAGACUAUUUGCCAAACAUGCGGCCCGCGAGGAAGCUGGGUAGCGCUGGCCGCACCAAGCCUUUGCCUCCCAUCCAGGCUCCAGAUGACCCAAACGCGCAGCCAUCUGCUGUCACACCUCCCCAACCACACUUUGAGCAGCCCUCGCCGCGUGCCCCGUCGGUUCACGAGUCAAAUGCGAAGCCAACUACAACCGAUCGCCGUUCGAGUGUUUCGACCGUGCCGAUGAACCCCUCUGGUCAUGUGUCCCGACCGGCCUCUACCGAGGCAGCAUCACAUCGACCCUCAGAUACCCCAAAGGCAGCACCGACUCCCGAAGCGCAACACCGCGCAGCUACACCUAAUCUCCCCACCGUCGCUACCAAACCAUCAUCCCCACCGCGGACACAAUCCCCGCCACUCCCAGCCGUGGCCAAUGCAGGAGCUCGCCAGGGUUCACCGCCUUUGCCAGCCUUGCGCGGGAACGGCAAUGGCUCCUAUAAUCUGGAUACGAUCUUGGGCCCGGAAGCAGAUCAGCCACCGCCUCAAACGACCAAGACUGUGAGUUCAGUGAAGCCCAAGGCUGCCCCAGUGGCAAAGAAGAAGGCAACCACGGGAGCCACGCCCAAGAAACCGUCAGCUGCUGCCCGAGUGAAGCCGGCUGCUGGUCGCGCCGGUCCUGCUGCCGGACGCCGUCCCAAAGUAGGCGAUGAAGAACCCGAUGAGCUUCGGGAUGCCGAUCGCCUGGAUGCCUCGGCUGCGAUCGAGGUGUUUGGAGAGCCCACGGUGGCCUGCAUCCUAUCCAAAGGCUUUCAACUCAAAGAAGCGGGCUUUUGCGACGUGGUUGACAAGCUGCAACGCCAAGCACUGGCGGCCUCACCAGCGCAGGUGGCUGCGGCAGUGGCCAAAAUUUUCACACGCACGGCCAAGACCAAUAUGAAGAAACUCACGGCACUCAAGGAUGAGCUGCUGCGUGCUUUUCUUGAUUAUGGUGCCGCACAUGCCGUGGAGCAAGGUCCAAUGAACGAGGUCGUGCGUGCGGCCAUGCCCUAUAUUCUGGUAGCCACAGCAGACAUGAACAAGGCUGCCCAGCAACAAGCGCAUGCCAUGGUCGAGACGCUGCUCCAGUCGGCAGCUGUGCCUGAUAAGCAGCUGGUCAUGCGGCCGUGCUUGGAGCCUCUCAAGGCCACUGCAGCCCCCAAGCUCUGUUUAGCCAAGAUGGACGUUCUAGAUGUACUGUGUCGCAACGGAGACCCCGCCUUGGACUGGGACGCCGUCUUGCGUUGCAUCAAACCCAUGCUACAGCACAGUCGUGCAGAAGUAAAGACUCGCGCCGCCGAGGUCGCUGCUCACUGCUUCAAGGCAGACCAAACCAAGACGAUUGGUGGUCUCCAGCUCGACAAGGACCACAUGGCCACGGCUCUCAAAACAGUGCAAGCAACAGCUGCAACCCUGUGA